GCCGUGGAACAAAGGCUGACUUUUAAGAUCAGAGUGAUUUUUUGAAAAAUAAUUAAAUUGAACAAUUUAUAUUUAGUAAGAAUCAAUUAAAGGAAUGCCUGAACAAAGCAAUGAUGAAAAUGCAGCAGUCCAAAAUGCUCCGAAUGAUCAACAACCACAGCAGCAACAGCAACCGCCACAAAGUAGAUUCGAAUCGUUUUUUGCAUUGACUAAGACAUUCAUUGUUCGAGCAUUAAUUAUUUAUUUAAUAACUUCAUUCUUCCGACGGCCACAACCAGCACCUCCUGCAGAAAAUGGAGAUGUGUCAACAAGUCGACAGAUUCCCGCAUUUAAUUUAUUUGAAAAUGGCACACUCUUUGAUAUGCAUGUCUAUAUCUCUGAAGAUUAUGAUUUUAAUAAAUAUCAGGAUCCUUCAGCACUAAUCUGGUUUAGUACAUUUACGUACGGUGAUUGGAGCAGUGGAAUUAACAAUGAUGGAGCGUUUGAAAAAAAUAUUAAAGUUGAAGCAUCUGAGAAUCUGAUGAACAAUGGAAGUAUAUAUUUACACACAUAUAUUACAAAGUAUGGAAAAUCACCUAAUCCAGACGCACAAGGUGAUUAUGCGGGCUUUGAGAUUGCUUAUAGUAGACGACAGCUUAAUAAAUAUAGGAAAAUUAAAUACCAAAAGACACAGAAUCUAUUAACAGGACAGACUGAGAAAAGUGCUGAGGAGAUAGAAAUAGCGGAGACAAUGGUUAAUAAAAUAGUGAAUCACUGGCACAAUAAUUUAACGAUAAAUUUGGUUGUGGACCAAACAACGUGGGUAAAAGGAUCUUUACCUGCUCCAUUAGAUGAAUACGUCACUUUCUUACCAAGUGGACAUUCAUACAUGCCAAUCAUAUUUGUUAAUGAUUACUGGAAUAUGAUGCGAGAUUACUUCCCUAUUAACAAAACUACUCCAACAUUAGAUUUAACUUUAACUUAUCAACCUUUAUCACUCUUCAAAUUCCAAUUGUAUGCAGCACAAGGCAUGCGUAAUAAAUGGGCAAAUUCAAUAUUUGGUGAGCUCGGAAAUGAGGAACAAACAGAUGACGAACAAGAUUCUCUGAAAGAAACUCUUUUGGAAACAAAUGCAUAUCUGUUGGGUUUGACAUUUAUGAUCUCUAUUCUGCAUACAAUAUUUGAGCUUCUUGCAUUUAAGAAUGACAUUCAGUUCUGGCGUGAACGAAAGAGUUUAGAAGGCUUAAGUGUACGAUCUGUAUUCUUCACUGUAUUCCAAUCGUUGAUUGUACUUUUAUAUGUGCUAGAUAAUGAAACUAACUUUAUGAUAAAGAUGUCAUGCUUCAUUGGACUUGGUAUUGAAGUCUGGAAAAUUCAAAAAGUUGUUGAUUUCAAGCUUGAUUUUGAAAACAAAUUAUUUGGUAUAAUUCCUAAAGUAAAGUUCGCAGAUAAAGGAUCUUAUAUUGAAUCCAGUACUAAGCAGUUUGACAAUCUUGCAUUUAAAUAUCUAGGAUGGUUAUGCUUCCCAUUAUUAAUGGGAUAUUGUGGAUAUUCCCUCUUGUAUCAUGAACAUCGUGGAUGGUAUUCAUUCGUUCUCAACAUGCUGUAUGGAUUUUUGUUAACAUUUGGAUUUAUUAUGAUGACUCCACAACUGUUCAUCAACUAUAAAAUGCAGAGUGUAGCACAUAUGCCUUGGAGAAUGAUGACAUAUAAAUUCCUUAAUACUUUCAUUGACGAUAUCUUUGCAUUUGUCAUAAAAAUGCCAACAUUAUACAGAUUAGGAGUCUUUCGUGAUGACAUAGUCUUCUUUAUUUUCCUCUAUCAGCGAUGGAUUUAUAAAGUUGACAAGAAGCGUGUUAAUGAAUUUGGCUUCUCUGGUGAAAUGUUGGAUGGUGUUGAUAAAGAAAAAAUACUUGCAGCUCCCGAAAACGUUCCUGAAAAGUCUGAUUCUGACAAAAAAGACGAUUAAAUUAUUUGUAGUGUUAUUACUAUACCAAAUUUUAAUUGAAAUAAAUCUAGUAAUACAUAUUAAUGUAUCAAUAAUGAAACAAACAAAA